AACACAUCACUUCCUUCAGUAGCCUCAGUCGUUGCGCAAUCAAGUCAACAAAAAUUAUUUUUUCCUAAACUGAAAUCGAAUGAGAACCGUGUAAAGAAUGACGAGUGAAUCGAGAAAUAACUCUAUUUCAAAAGCAAUCGCUAAGUUGUACUUGAAUGCUGAACUGGCUGACAUUGUGUUCGUCUUUAAGAUUGACGAAGAAACUGAAAAAAUUCCGGCGCACAAAAAUGUUCUGGCAUCGUUUAGUCCGGUGUUUUACGCCAUGUUUCUCGGACCAAUUAAAGAAACGGAAAGAGUUAAAAUUGUCGAUUCGAGUCCGGAAGCGUUCAAAGAAUUUUUGACAUUCUUCUAUUUGGAAGAAGUCAAACUAACGAUGGAAAAUAUGGCAGAAGUCGUUCGAUUGUGUGACAAAUACGACAUGAAUGAGCAUCUUGAAAAUUACGCCUCAUCUCACAUUGGACAAGUGGCAAUCGAAGACAUCUGCUGGGCCUAUCAAUUGGCUGUCUUAGCUAAACAUGAUCCAUUGAAGUCGUUCUGUGAGAAAAUUAUUUGUGCAUUUCCCGAUGAUGUGUUCAAAUCCGAAUCGUUUCUAAAUUGUAAUCGAGAAGUUCUCAAGCAAAUCCUUCAGUUCGAAGCUCUUCCGUGCAAGGAAACGGAAGUCUUCCAGGCAUGCAUAGCAUGGGUCACACACGAUUGUCAGCAAAACGGAAUCGAAAUCAAUUCAAAAAAUCUGAAAACUCAACUGGGCGAUUGUUUUUACUUCAUUCGCUUUAACACAAUGUCAAAUGAUGAACUAGUCGGUCAUACGCUACCUUUUGAGGAAAUGUUUACGCGAGAUGAUUUGGUAAACAUUUUGUAUAGCGGCGCAGAGAAAUUCAUCCCGAAUUUGUUUGUGGAACAUCCACGAUUGCAAUCAUCACUUCUAUUGGACGAAAACAAAUUGAUGAUAUGUCGGAGAGAUCUCUGUACCGGCGGCAUUUCUAGUUACCAGAUUCAAAACACCGAAUCGAUGUGGUUCUCGACAAAUACACCAUUGAUCUUAGGCAAACUUUAUUGCUAUGGUCUUCGUGAAAGCAGCGGCUACGCGGUGAAUCAUACUUUCAAAGUAAUCGUCAGAGAAGUGGGCGCUCAAUCAUUCGACGUGAUUGCACCGACCAAAACUAUUUUCAAAGCAAAAACAGUGAUCAGCGGCGACAAAGAAAUACCAGUGGAACUGGACCAGCCGAUUAUCAUCAAUCCACGUAAAAUGUACGAGGUACGAUUGAUAGCAACAGCAAACGUAAACAAUUACUCUUAUCAGUAUUCACCUCGGGAGAGGGAAUGCAAAUUGGAUGAAAAUGUCACGGUGAAAUUUCACCGUAAUCCAUCUCAUGAUUGCCAGGGCUUAGUGUCCAGCUUGUACUUCUAUCAAUUGUAAACAAAGAUCGAAGCAAAAUAUUUUCUUUUUUUGUCAUCUAAAUGCAAUGGUGUGCCUCUUAAAGUUUUUUUUUGAUUAAAACAAUAUAUCGAUUUGAUUUGAAUACAUUUCUUGUAUUAUACCUUGA